AUGGAUGUAAAUGCUGUCAUUGUCAAUGCUGAGGGCGGUCAUUACGGCAACGCUCUUCAAGCUGCCGCUUUCCAAGGUUACGCUGACAUUGUGUCACACCUUCUCAAAGGAGGAGCAAAUGUCGAUGCCCAGGGUGGCCAAUACAAGACCGCUCUAGCUGCUGCUGUAGAGGCAUCUCAUGAAGAUGUUACCAAGAUUCUUCUCAAUUGGGACGCCAAUGUCAACAAUGGCCAGGAUAUUCUCUUAACAGCUGUUCUAAAUCGCAAGACCAGCAUUGUCGGGUUGCUUAUUGGCAAGAGCGCUAAUGUCAGUCGGGAGGCUUUCAAGUGGGCAUGCCAAAUCAGAAACCUGACUACGAUACAUCUACUGCUCAAGAACAUUCAGAGCACUGACACCAUCAAUUACUGCAGCAAACGUCUGCAUGACGCCUGUAAACGAGGUUAUUACGACGUGGUUCAAACGCUGAUCAGAAGCAAAGCCAACGUUAAUGCAAGAGACUGGCAUGGUCUUACCGCGCUUUACUAUGCGGCUUCAUACAAUCACGUUAAGAUUGUGAAAUUGCUGCUUGAAAAUGGGGCAAGUUUCAACCAGGAGGAUGAAGAAUUUGAGAAGGAUCCCUUCUAUGCCUCGUGUACAAACCGAGCCAUGGAAACCAUGAGCAUUCUUUUGAUGAAAGACCCGGACCCGGACCCGGACCCAUUGUUUUUCGAUGAGGCUCUUGAAUCGGCGUCAUACAGCGCUGACAUCGAAGUGCUUGAACUUCUUUUGAAGACUGCCAAGAGGGAACAGCAAAAUCAAACAAAUCCCGUUGUUUUGGCUCAAGCUAUGUAUAACGCGAUACUCUCAUUGCAUGAAGGAUGCGAUACAGUCUUGAGACUAUUGCUUCAACAUGGCGCAGACGUCGACGCCAUUGCCGGCGACGCCGGCAAGAACACCACCAUGCUCUGUUGUGCAGCGUUGUGGCUUCAAGAUGACGAAAGGAAGGCCAAAGCGAUGGUCGUUAUUGAAGUGCUUCUCGAACACCAUGCGAAUGUCAACAAGGGCCACACUUUCCUUGGGACUCCCCUGGAUAUGGCGAUGAGGGCAAAGAAUUACAAACUAGUUAACAUUCUGUUGGCAAAGGGCGCAAAGUGGACGCCAUAUUUCGGGAUGUGCAUGCAGCAUACAGCAUAUAGGCGCAAGCUUGAGGAGGUGAAGUGA